AUGAAUCACUACUGUGCUGACUACAAAGAAGGGAAAAUUCCUUUUGCAAAAGAGGUUAUUCGCAUGUGGAAAUUGAAAGAGACUACAAAAGCAGAUUCAGUGGAGCCAAAUAGAUACCAAGCCGGGUGCGAGGACAACUAUAUGGAAUGGCUGGCCGCUGAUUUGGAGGAAUCAAUCAAACCCGGCGUUAGUCUGAAAGAUCGGAUUAAGGAUGGGGAAGCCGAAGCAUUCAUCUUACUCCGACAAUUGCGUAAGAAAAAUCUUGUUUCUGAAAUUGAGCAUCAUGCGCAACUUAAGGAAAAGGAAAGGGAAGUAGAGAAUUGGAAACAACAAGCACUUAGCUACGAGCAAAGCAUGCAAGAGCUGGAUACACUGCUGGCUGAGCAGGGCGAUACUUUUCAACAUACACCACUAGCGCGUAUUGCUAGCCAUAACACGCAAUAUGUGGCAGAAGCUCAGCCUUUCACUACCCAGAUACAGGCCUUGCAGCAUCCAGAGGUUGACCCUUAUGAAGAGUUAGAAAGGGAAGCCAGGGCAAGAGCAGACGAGGAUGUGGCAAAAGAGCUUCGCAGUCUGAGGGAAGCUGUCAGAAAUAUCCAGACCAACAGGGGAUGUGAAGGGCUUGAAUAUGAAGAUCUGUGCAUUCACCCUGACAUUGAAUUACCCGCUGGGAUCACAGCUUUCGUUGCCCCAACACCUUCUCGCAACACCAAAGCGGUCCCUUGGGAUUAUCAAUCCGGUGAGAGAGAUAAAGGGAAAGGGAGAGUGGUCGUGGAAACCAUUGCCACCGGAAUGACUAGGUCUGGACGGUGCUAUGCCCCUGAAGAGAUAGCACGAGGGGCGUCAAACAAGGAGAAUGGUCCGAAAAAAACUGUUACAGAAGCUGAAGUCGAAGAAUUCUGGAGGAAAAUGCCGACGAAAGAAUAUUCUGUUAUAGAACAAUUGAAGAAAACACCAGCUCAGAUUUCUUUGUUUGCAUUGUUGAUGAACUCUGAAGCGCACAGGAGUGCCCUAGUGAAAAUACUAAGUGAAGCCUAUGUUCCCGCUGAGACUUCCAGUGAGAAACUGUCGGCUAUGGUGGGGGAAAUCCUUGAGGCCCAUCGAGUAUCUUUUCAUAAUGACGAGUUGCCACCUGAAGGAUUAACCAAAGAUUUCGAACAUUUUGAGAAUAAGCCAAAACCGAAUCUGGAUGAAACGGAAGUUAUAAAUUUGAGUAAUUCAAAAAUUAUGAUGGAAGUGAGAAUCAGUGUCCAUUUGACCCCGUCGCAGAGGGAAAAAUUGAUCAAACUGUUGAAAGAAUAUAUAGAUGUGUUUGCUUGGUCUUACGAUGAUAUGCCCGGACUAAGCACUGACAUCGUCUCGCAUAAGUUGUCUCUUGAUCCAUCCUGUCCUCCGAUAAAGCAAAAGAAGAGAAACAUUAAAUCGGAUUUGAGCUUGAAAAUCAAAGAAGAAAUCUCCAAACAGUUUGAUGCGAAGGUCAUUCGGACUACAAUGUACCCCACUUGGCUAGCCAAUAUCGUUCCCGUACCAAAGAAGGAUGGUAAAGUUAGAGUAUGCGUGGAUUACCGGGAUCUCAACAAGGCUAGUCCAAAAGACGAUUUUCCUCUCCCGAAUAUACACAUGCUCAUUGAUAAUUGUGCGAAGCAUGAGAUGCAGUCUUUCGUGGAUUGUUACGCAGGAUAUCACCAGAUUCUAAUGGACGAAGAAGAUGCAGAGAAAACAGCAUUCAUCGCACCUUGGGGAGUGUACUAUUAUCGGGUAAUGCCUUUUGGGCUCAAGAACGCAGGAGCUACCUACAUGAGAGCCAUGACCACCAUUUUCCAUGAUAUGAUCCAUAAAGAGAUUGAAGUCUAUGUGGAUGAUAUCAUCAUCAAAUCGCGAAAGAGCUUAGACCAUCUAACAGAUUUGAGAAAGUUCUUCGACAGGUUGAGGCGAUACAAUCUGAAGUUGAACCCCGCAAAGUGUGCAUUCGGUGUUCCUGCAGGGAAAUUGUUGGGUUUUAUUGUGAGCAGAAGAGGCAUAGAGUUGGACCCCUCGAAGAUAAAAGCCAUUCAGGCAUUGCCUGCUCCAAAGAGUCGGAAAGAUGUGAUGAGUUUCCUCGGGCGUCUCAACUACAUCAGCCGGUUUAUAGCACAAUCGACGGUGAUAUGCGAACCAAUAAUCAAGUUAUUAAGGAAGGAUGCUCCUACCAAAUGGACUGAAGAUUGCCAAAGAGCCUUUGACAAAAUCAAAGAGUAUUUGUCUAGCCCGCCUGUUUUGGUACCUCCAGAAGCUGGAAGACCUUUGUUAUUGUAUUUGUCCGUAUCAGAAAACGCUUUCGGAUGCGUAUUAGGACAACAUGACGAAACAAGAAGGAGGGAGCGAGCAAUAUACUACUUGAGCAAAAAGUUCACGCCUUACGAGGCGCGAUACACGUUAUUGGAACGCACAUGUUGUGCUUUGACUUGGGUUGCACAGAAGUUGAGACAUUAUCUGUCUGCAUAUACUACUUGCCUCAUCUCAAGAAUGGACCCACUCAAGUAUAUUUUUCAGAAGCCUAUGCCUACCGGAAAGCUAGCCAAAUGGCAGAUGUUGCUGAGUGAGUUCGACAUUGUGUAUGUUACCCAAAAGGCUGUCAAAGGGCAGGCGAUAGCAGAUCAUCUUGCAGAAAAUCCUGUGGGUGGGGAAUACAUACCCCUUAAAACUUAUUUCCCGGAUGAAGAAGCGUUGUUCAUCGGGGAAGAUAUCGCAGAAGAGUACCCGGGGUGGAGACUGUUCUUCGAUGGGGCGGUAAAUUCUAAAGGAGUCGGCGUUGGAGCAGUCUUGAUUUCAGAGUCAGGGCAGCAUUACCCCAUUUCAGCAAAGCUCAAGUUCCCGUGUACCAAUAAUAUGGCAGAAUAUGAGGCUUGUAUUCUUGGCCUCAGAAUGGCCGUUGACACGCAUAUACAAGAGCUUUUGGUUAUAGGCGAUUCAGAUUUGCUGGUUCAUCAAGUGCGAGGCGAAUGGACCACUAAGAACCGGAAGAUACUCCCGUACUUGCACUGCGUGAAAGAUUUGUGUAAAAGAUUCAUCAAGGUAGAAUUCAAACACGUUCCAAGGACACAGAACGAGUUCGCUGAUGCGUUGGCCACUUUGUCUUCUAUGAUUCAGCACCCAGACAAGAAUCGCAUAGAUCCUAUCAAGGUAAAUGUGCACGAUCAACAUGCUUAUUGUUUCUAUACAGGAGACUAUCCGGAAGGCAUAACCAGUGUUCAGAAGAAAACACUUCGGAGAUUAGCAAACCAUUUCUUCCUAAAUGGAGAAAUCCUGUAUAGGAGGACUCCGGAUUUAGGGCUAUUAAGAUGUGUUGAUGCUAAAGAAGCAGCCCGUUUGAUUGAAGAAGUGCACGGCGGUACGUGUGGGCCUCAUAUGAAUGGCUUUACACUGGCCAAGAAAAUCCUUCGCGCAGGCUAUUUCUGGAUGACUAUGGAAUCAGAUUGUAUCCGUUUUGUGCAGAAAUAUCACCGAUGUCAGAUUCAUGGUGAUUUGAUUCGAGUUCCGCCAAAUGAAUUGAAUGUGACGAGCUCUCCGUGGCCUUUCGCAGCUUGGGGUAUGGAUGUCAUUGGUCCCAUCGAGCCAGCCGCCUCGAAUGGACACAGGUUCAUUUUGGUAGCCAUUGAUUAUUUCACAAAGUGGGUGGAAGCAUCUUCGCACAAGUCGGUAACAAAGAAAGUGGUAGCAGAUUUUGUUCGGAGCAACAUUAUUUGCCGAUUCGGAGUCCCAGAAUCAAUUAUAACGGAUAAUGGAGCUAAUCUUAACAGUAAUCUGAUGCGGGAGAUUUGCGAUACAUUUAAGAUUACCCAUCGCAAUUCCACUCCUUAUCGCCCUCAGAUGAAUGGGGCAGUUGAAGCAGCCAAUAAAAACAUCAAGAGAAUACUGAGAAAGAUGAUCGAUAAUUACAGGCAUUGGCACGAAAAACUGCCGUUAGCUCUUCUCGGAUAUCGUACUACUGUGAGGACUUCAACGGGGGCAACACCUUAUCUUUUGGUCUAUGGGACAGAGGCGGUGUUACCUGCUGAGGUAGAAAUCCCAUCUCUGAGAAUCAUCCAAGAAGCUGAGUUAAGUGACGCUAAAUGGGUACAGAAUCGAUAUGAACAAUUGAUGCUCAUUGACGAAAAGAGAUUGAAUGCAGUUUGUCACGGGCAGCUCUAUCAGAACAGAAUGGCCAAAGCUUUCAACAAGAAAGUAAGACCGAGACAAUUCAAAACGGGGCAAUUGGUACUGAAACGCAUAUUUCCAUGUCAAGAUGAAGCUAAAGGAAAAUUUGCACCUAACUGGCAAGGACCUUAUAUGGUCCAUCGAGUAUUGACUGGAGGAGUGUUAGUCUUAGCAGAAAUGGAUGGUGAAAUUUGGCCGAAAGCUAUCAACACAGACGCCGUCAAGAGAUAUUAUGUUUAG